AGUGUAAAGGUUAUAUAAGCUAUGUUUAAUGGAGAAUCGUGAGAAAAUAGCCUAUUUUCGUGGAAAACCGUGAAAAAAGAAAAAUUCAAAAUGGUUGCUGAAAAGUGAAAUUAAAAUGUUGUUAUUAUUUAAUUAAUGACAGUUAUGCGCUAUAGUUUCGUGGUUUACGCGUUCCGUGACUGAAUAAGUCGGUAUUGAGUGACUAAAUCGUAAUAAUUGUUGUUAUUCAGGAUUUAAAUUUAGGUCGGUGAACUCUUAAAAUCCAGCAAACAAGAGAAAUGAACAUAAAAAGCCUAAAUGUUGCAGUAUUCGUGGUUCUCAAAAAUUGUCGCGUAGAUUUUUGAAGAGAUUUCGGUAUUAGCUAUUUCGUUACAAGCUCAAAAGUCGGUAAUCGGUUCGUUCGUGUGCCUUAAUACUCGAUUAAGGACUUUGUGAUAUGAUUUUAUCCGGUAUUCGGUAUAUAUCUCGCGAAUAUAAAUGUUCUUGAUGUUAAAAAAAUUUUAGUUUGAGAAAUUAUGAGAUAAUAAUGAUGAAUAAUAAUCAACUAUUUGUUACAGCUUAAAAAGCGUAUUAAUACUUUUGUGUGAUACAUAUAAAAUCGGUGUCUCGUUAAGAAUGUCUGCGAGAAGACGUAGUCCAUUCGAUGGACCCGAAAGAAUCGAUCGCAUUAAAGGAAACAUGAGAAUGGAUCGUAAACCGAAUGCUACAAGGAUUUCUGCAUUUCCUUACAAAUCAGAUCCUUCGCAUCCUUAUGGAAAGCGAAAGGAAAUUGAUAACGUGAUGAAAAAGGCACGUCAACAACCAGCUAAUGAAUAUUGGGAUAAAAAGCUCUUGGAAGCUGAAGAAAAAGAUCCUGGUCGAUGGAAACAUUCAGGAUAUAAAAAAAUGUAUGUUAACGGUGUACGUAGAUCGCGUUCUCCUGGUGGUCCCGGAGGCUUAAUUCGUAAAACUCCACCACAAAGGCACAUGCAACAAAUUCCCAACUAUCCGAUUCGUCGUCGUAUACCAACGCCUGAAAAGUAUCGUCCUAAAUCUCCACCGUUACGUUAUGCGCGUAAAUCACCUCCCCAACCGCGUAAUGAUUUAAAACCGAAAGAAAUUCCUUACCGUCCAAAACGACCAAUGUCACCUCCCCCUCCCCCAAAGGCAAGAACGCCAUCAAUCUCAAGUUGUUCCGAUUCUCAAUGUUCAGGCUGCUCAAGUGACGACGAUGAUCGUCGAAUAAUUGACAAGCGUCAUAGAACUAUGUCUCGUCACGGACCAAUUAAUAGAAUGCGUCCAAUGAGUCCUGAAGAAGUUGAGCACAUUACUAAGAAGAAAGUUAAAGAAGUAUCACCAAAACGUCGUCAUUUAAAGCGACCAGCAUCACCAGAGAUUGAAAAAGCACGUCGUGAGAUUGCAUCUCCAAUUUUAAGGAAAAAAGACAAGUCUGAUAAGGCUCGUACCAGAAUAAAGAUUGAAGGUGAGAAAAGACGCAGAAGGUCCCCAUCAAGUGGAUCAGAUGACUCAACAAGCAGCGGUGGAACUUUUUCAGCAUUAACAGCAACAACUCGUAUAUCAUUAAACGAGAGAUUCGGUAAAAUGGCACAAUGGAAUAAUGAUCGAAAAUAUGACAUGAGUAAUAUGAAAAUUACUAAGAAUUCAGAAGGUGGCGAUAGAUCAGCGGUUAUGAUCCAGGAACAAAAUCUCCGUGAAUCGCCAAUGAGAUCAUUUUCGUUCUCACAAUAUACGAAAGGUGAAGGACAUUAUCCAGAAGAACUAUUGCAGCAUUCAAGUGCUCAAGCGUUAGGUCUUAAUGCUUGGGAUGAUGUUCGUGUACGAUUUGAUUAUUACAAAAGUAAAGGAUAUUUGCGUGAUUUGACACUUCAGGACUAUAUAAAGUGGGAAGAGUGGUGGUAUCGAUAUCAAGAAUGGCUUAAACAGGAACGAUAUUUCGAAAUGAUUGAACGAAAUAUGAUGCGACGUAGAAGAAAGAAGAUUCCCAUUCAGCAGCGAUUAAAUUGAAUGUAAUGUAAGUAUAUAAGUUAGAGAAUAUUAUUAACUACGGUAGCAGUUAUGAGACAAUUAUUAUCAUUACUUAUUGUUUAUCUCAUCAAUCAUCAAAUAUAUUAAAUUUCUUAAUCAUUUCCUAUUGCAUUUUCUUGAGAUUAGACAGAUCAGUGGAAAGUUCAAGAGUAAUUAUUAUUGAUUAAUGCCCAUAAACUUAUUUAAGAAUGAAAAUAAAGUAUAAUUUCUUGAACUGAAGCUCUCUGUGCCUUACUUGUUCAAAGCUUGCAGAAUCGUGAAAUAACGG